AUGGUAGUCCUCUGGUCUUCCGCUUGGAUUCUUCUAUUGUUUCGCCGUAUUUUUACUUCUGUACGUCGUGGAUCUUCAAGUUUUUGCUGAUUUUUGUUGUUAUGCUGUGAUCACCCGAAAGUCGAGUUGAUUCUGGCUUCCGAGUACUUUUUGUAGGGUUUCACGGCGCGUCUCGGCGAUUAUCGGUUUUUCAUUGCAAUAACGUUGUUCUUCUCUCUGCCUGCCUGUCUCUCUGUUUGUUUAUCUUUGGUGGAUAGCGCCACAGGAGUCUUUUGCAACUUGAAUUUUCUACUGAAUGCAGAUUAGUCUCCGGAUCGCCAUUCAUCGUCCGUGUUGCCUUAAUGCUUAGGACCUUUAUUUGGUUUUGUCUCUCAAAGUUCGCUAUUAAUCACAUCCUGACGUUACAUAAUUCACCGGAAGGUAAUUGCAAACGUGAUUUGAAUGAUGUGCGCUCUGUAUGUUCUUUAGCUCUCCGUAAUUUCGUGUUUGCACGAACAUUUAUGCAUUCUCGGCGUUACCCCUGUGAUGUCCGCACAUUUCGCUUAUUGUUGGUAAUACUUGAUACAGCCGAAGCAAAUACACGAGAUUAAGGAUUUCCUUCUGACCGCGAGGAGGAAGGAUGCGCGGUCUGUUAAGAUAAAGAGGAGCAAGGAUGUCGUCAAAUUCAAGGUCCGCUGUUCGAGGUACCUGUACACUCUGUGUGUGUUUGACUCCGAGAAAGCUGAUAAGUUGAAGCAGUCUCUUCCUCCAGGUGAUAUUUCUUCUCUCAUCGUAGGCUAUCGAUAUAUCUUUAGUUGAAUGUUAUAUCCGUAUUUGAAUAACUUUAAGUCGUAUUUUUCAGAUGACUAUGUUACUAUUGAAUAAUAUUAGUAUACUUAACCACAUCUGAGACUAUACAAAUGCAAAUAUCGAACUGCAAGAUGCAAACUAUGGAAGAUGUGAUUACAAACUAAAGAAUACGAGGGUAUAAUUCUCCAAAUCUGAACAUAUUGCCACCCUAUGGAAUACCCGUUCAUGCCAAGUGAUAUCUUGUGCGAGGGUGAAUAAACUGAUGGAAGCGGAACGAGUUGAACUCCGAUGAGAGAGUAAAACAUAAGAGAGUAGGUGUGCACCCGGAAAUAUGAGUCGCAGUCGAGUGGACUAGUGAUUUCAAUCCGCGCAGUUUUUUUUGGGUUAAGAAGCUUCAGCUUUGAGAGGUGCUACUGAUGGAGGCUUAACGCAUUGGGUUCUCUUGGAAGAAGGGACCUGAAUAGGGGAGACAGACUCGAGGCUCAACGUCUCUCUCUCUCUCUCUCUUUUCUUUUUUCUUUGUUCCUCGUGAAGCAAUUGGCUGGUUUGAUUAAUUCGGAUACUCCAUGUUUUAAGUGACUGGGUACCUCCUGCCAUUUAAUAGUAGAGCCAAUCUCAUCCUAAUUUCAGAGUUAGAGCCGGCAUUUUGACUUUUGAAAACUAGUUUAGUUGGGUAAAUCGAUAAUCAAAAAUAGCAGAGAAAGAAUAUUGACUGAUGUUCUCAUGUUAUUUUCAUUGAGAGAUUAUUAUGGUUGGCAAUCCGAGAAAGGAGGCAAGCUCAUGAUAUAAUAGUUCAGUGAGUAUCUUAAAAAUAAAUUUUCUUUGUUCAGUAAUAUUAGAAGAGGCCCACUAGGUUCAUCAGGCCCAUUUUAGACUUACUCUCUCCACGUCCCUAUUCUUCUUCAACGAUCUCCACUUCUUCUUCUCUCUCUCUUUCUUUUCUUUUUCUAUCUAACUUCAUGUAUUCCUCGUCUUCAAUCAUCAAUUCUAGGGUUUUCUCUUCCUCUUGUCAAUAAUUAAUAUUUUAUUAUUAUUAUAAACAAAAAAUCAUAUUUUGGGUAAAACUGACGAAAUUCUAAAAAGAAAUCAUCCAAUUUACGAUUCUAUAUUUGUUCUCUAUGACCACAUCUCCAGUGGAGUUACUAAGCGAUUUCAUCCUGUUUCGCAGGUUUGAGUGUCCAGGAAAUCUGA